AGGUAGAAAAAAGGAAAGACACUCACUUCCGGAAUGACGGGGAGCCUGUGUGAUUUUCGCCGCUUAUAUAUUCCGCAUGCGGGCCACAUUUUCUCGUCCAGGGCUAGAUUGUUGCUUGCGGCUAUUUAUUGAGAAUAUCAAGGCAGAUAAAGGACGAGCUUCGGAGAAUCGAUAAAGCCGCCUUAUUUUGGAAAAGCGAAGCCGGGCAAACUCCGUUUGGUUUGCGGUGUCUCACAAAGAAACCUUGCGGCGAGGGAAAAAUGAACACUGGGAAGAAGGAAAUGACUUCUUUAACGUAUUUAUUUUUAUUUUUAAUGUUUGGUUCCUCUCAGGGCAGGGUGGUGACCGUCCCCUUCAGCCCUCUGGUCCGUGUGGCCGGGCAGACCGUGUCGAUCCGAUGCGACGUCAUCAAGUACGAGGGCCCCCAGGAGCAGGACUUUGAGUGGGAGGUGUUCAAGGGUGGCCAGACUCUGCAGCUCAUCUCCACCUUCGAUAACUCGUUCCCGAACACCAUCUACAUAGACCGCAUUCAUAGCGGCGCCAUCAAACUUGUGAGGCUGAAGGACAACGUGGUGGAGCUGCGGAUCGCGAAUGCCAGUGUGGCGGAUGAUGCCAUUUACCGCUGCGCCACUCCCAGCACUGACUCCAGUAUAUCUGGCAACUAUUUUGCCGAUGUCGAGCUUAAGGUGAUCGGGGAUAACCUGAAGGUGUCACCAGUGGCGGCCCCUGCGGUGGUUCUGGAAGGCAGCGAGCUGCAGUUGCGCUGUAAUGCCGCCAGGGACCUGUCGGAUCGCACCUACCUGUCAGUGACGUGGUCCAUUCAGAGGGGGACCUCACCCAGUGAGGACAUCGUAACCUUCGGCCCAGACAACGUGCUGAAGCCGGGCCCAACGUUUGCCCAGCGCUAUGCCGAUGGUGGAAUGCGCAUAGACGUCCGCGAAGGCGGGGCCUUCAUCCUCACACUGACGGAGUCUCUGCCCAGCGACCAGGGCACCUAUACAUGCCAAGCCCAGCAGUGGGUUUUGGAGGGCAAGAACUCCUGGCAAAGCAUCAUGGGACGGAGCGUUCAGCUGGGGGAGGUGAAAGUCACAGCUAUUCAGAAAAACCUCAAGGUCUCUGUGGAGAAACCAACUUUGGUCAGUAUGGGGGAUAAUAUGCGUCUCAACUGUUCCAUCUCUGCCGACAAUCUCCCAUCGCUGGGCCUGGAGCUGGAUUGGCUGGUCAGCAUCACUGCCUCUGCCUCCCCUAGUACUCUGGUUCAGAUGAGCCGGGAUGGGAUAGUGCAGAACGUGUCAAGGCCCGUGGGGCUCACCCGGAUCAAGCCAGGCUUGUUUGGACUGUUGGUGCAUGAUGUGGACCAGUCCAGCUCGGGCUUCUACUCAUGCAGGGUGCGGGCUUGGAUACGUCAGAGCAGCGGCCUGUGGUACCCAGCGGCCCAGAAGGUCUCCGACCCAGUGGAGGUUCAGGUAUCCCUGCCAGCACCAGAAUUCAAAGUAAACCUGAGCGGCGCUGUGAUCCCACAGAGCACCGGAGAUCCAAUGGAGCUGGACUGUCAUGUGACCGACGUGUCACACCUGGGAGAUGGGCGGCUGGCCGUGACGUGGCAACGUGGGGGCGGUGCCCCGGGCGACCUGCCCGCCAGCUCGCAGCUCAUCGGGGGCCUGGAUCACCACGGCGACCUGUCGCCAGGGGACGCGUACCAGCAGCUCGUGAAGGAGGGUCAGCUCGUGCUGUCCAAGGUGAAACCGGACACCUUCAAGCUACGCUUCCUGCAGAUGAGCGCCGCGGGCAUGGGACUGUACUCCUGCACCAUCUCCGCUUGGACGCGCUUACGGGACGGCAGCUGGCAGAAAGCCGGGGAAGUCCGCUCUGGCGGCAUCACCAUUUCCUGGGCCUCUAGAAAACCGGAUCUCGCGGUGAAGGCGGAGGUCCUGCGGAAUCCGGCCUCCCCCGGGGGCACCUUCGAGAUGAGCUGCCAGGCGACAGUGCAGAACCUACAGGGGGAGGAGUUCUCCGUCCUGAUCCAAAAGACACCGGCGGCUGGUGGGAACACCCAGAAGAUCAUAUCACUGAGCGAGAACUCCAUCCUGAAGCUGGAAGGAUGGAGCCAACCGGACCGGCUGGACGAUGUGAUCCUCCAGAAAGUGGGACGGGGCAACUUCCAAUUCCGGAUGUCCGGAGCGCAGCCGUCUGACGGGGGGGCGUACUUCUGUGAUGUGGCAGCUUGGACGCGCGAGAGCAGGAGCGGGUGGAGCAGAACCAUAAGCGCGGAGUCCAAUCGGGUCAGCUUGGCCUUCUCGGGCCCAGAUCUGGCCGCAAAUGUCUCCAUUCGCCUGGACUCAAGGUCAACUUACACCGGAGACUCAGCCACGAUGGUCUGCAGCAUGACUGCCCAGGACGGACCUGCUAACACUAACCAAUACGAAGUACAGUUCUACCGAACCUCCACCUCAGACCCGGACAAUUCCGACCUGCUGAUCAGCAAGCGUCAGGGUCUACCCAAUAAGUCCCAGCGGUGUGAGAUGAAAGGGUGCGAGAUGUAUCAGAUCAACCCUUGGACCUACAGGUUCUCUGUUAACAACCUCCAGCAUAGCGAUUCGGGGGAGUACCAUUGCAAGGUAACCUCCUGGCUACAAAAUUCCCCAUUGACUUCUACAAAGGGUUAUGAGGUGGUCUCAGAAAAGGUCCUUCUCACAGUCAAGUUCUCAGUGUGGAGGUCUGUGCAGAUGCCACUGCUCUACGGCUGUGGCAUCUCCCUGGUUGUUGGUCUCCUCUCUGUCCUCAUUGGGUACAUCUUCGCCCGCUGCCUCCAGCACGGUGGCAUCCGUUCCCAAAGCAAGCUGAUGGACAUCGAGAUGGACUGAGACCAGGAGUACCGAUUUAUGAUGAGACCUCAGUCUUGUGCUUUUAAUUGGUCAACCAAGAACAUUAACCAUUCUGGUUCAGGGACUGAUGUUUCUUUGUCUUCUGGAUGUGCUGUGCCACAAGGACACUGAGGGGAUGUGUGCUUUCUCAAGACGGCCGUCGAGGUCUUCCUUCCAUCCAUGGAUCUUAUUGCACUGAACUCAGGAAGAUGAUUGAGGCAGGAAGAGCUAUUUACCUUAGUGCCUGUUGACAUUCUGACUCGUGUCAUCAAAUGUCACCAAACAUUUUAAAUGGAGCAGUAUUUGAUGGAAAGUCUACGGUGGAGAAGGAGGGCUGUCGACCAGCUGGUCUGGGAGCAGAGCAGCAGAGAUUUGCACAUUGGUGUAUGGGUUUUUGUCCCUUGUCCCUUAACAAAGGCCGAUCUGCUAUAGAGCAAGGAUCAGCAUCUCCGUGGAAACCCUGCAGAGGAAUGUUCUAGCCAAGCUCAAGAGGAUCUCAGGCCUAUAACUUUUCUUGCUUUUAAUGCUAAUAACAAAUUUCACCCAGGUGGGUGUGGUACUGUUCUAUAAAAGCCUGUCUGUGGAUAGAGCUCGUUAAGAGCUCAUUUCGGGUGCUAAGACACCUUGUGCUAAUUGGUAUGUUGAAUGAAUGCCAAGUGGGUCACUGUACAAAUUGGUGCCUUGAGCCAUUGAUGAUGAAAUGCGUGAAACGUUUUUUAAUUGUAUAGAAUUGUAUUGAGUGGGAAGGAGUCUGUAAGGGCUGUCAAUUUACAGUGUUUAGCUUGUGAAUGAUAAGUGUCCCAUCCUCAGAUCUGUCCAGCUGGCUGCCUCGAAUCUUGAAUUCUCAUAAAAAGAACAAAAGUUUCCGUCAGCCGCUGCCAUGAGAGGUGAACCCCAUGGUUCCCCAGGAGGCAUGACCACAGGCUGCCGGGUUUGAGGAUGUUCUAGGUGGAAGCUGUAUACAGAAAGAGUACUUCACUCUUCAUACAGAUAAGCACAGAGUACCAGUGUGUUUGCUUCUGUUUGGAGAUUAUUUCCUUGAAUACAGUGUACGUAUGUGUGUACGUGUGCCCCCCCCAGUUUUUAAUUGUAUAUUUUUGUUUCACUUACAGAGGUUACUGACAUUUUUAUUUUUUGUUGUUUGCCAAAAAACAAGGUUAUAAUACUCAUUCUCCAAUAAACUUGUUUUUUUUUUUUACA